ACAUGUUAUUUAUUUAUUUCAACAUUUUUCUAUGCCUACCAACAGUCCAGGUACAUUAGCGGUGGCCACGAUAAAUACAAAAAAUACACACAAAUACAUAAAAUAACAGUAACGAACAAGAAACAAAGGAUAAGACAAACAUACAGCACAAGAACAGAUAUUAAAGUAAUACCUAUAAUGGCUAUAAUAUAUAGUAUACAGUAUUAACGGCAAGCAGCAAGACACAAAUUUAAAGAGUACAAUAAUGUUAAAUUGAAGGUAAAAAUAUCCAAAAUAUUAAUAUUUUGAGUAUUAAAAUUGAUAUUGAAUUUAUUAGAAUUUGAAUUUAAUCUAUAAAUAAUAUCAUUAUUAAUUUUAACUGUACACAAGGCUGAUAAACAGUGACUAUUGAAUUGGGACCCACUAAGGCCACUCUUAUCUAAGAUGUAUAUGCAAUUGAUUUUUUAAUUAUAACAGUGUUAAUCUAAAUAAGUUCUAUGAUCUGAAAGGGAUGUUAAUGUGGUUUGAGGGAAAUUCUGUAGAGUUUGACGUACCUCCUGCGGCGGUAAAGCCCGGUUCCGACCCCAUCAUCACCAAAUCCCGCUGGCGGAACGCACUCCUCGCGCGGCCCACACGGAGGAAGUUCGUGAUGCCGCCGCCAGGCAGUAGACAACAGAACACUGUCUAGGGCGGACGCUCCGUCCCGCAGAAAAACAACAGGAUGGUGUGUCUUGAUAAGGAUGAUGACAAGAUUUGCGAUUGUGCUCCACAGCGCAUGUUAACGGCGACAGACUAUAAUUGUGUGUGGUGGCAUCCACCCUAGGGUUCCAGCUAACACAACAAGCAACAGGUGUCAGGAAAUGGCGGCCAAGCGCCCGGGAGAUGCGAUAGCGGACUUCUUCAACUUACGUCCGGUGGAAACGAUAUACUACGACGGUGGCAUCACACGAGGCCAUGUCCAGGCAGUGCCGGAGGACAAGCGUGAUCCUUACUUGGUCCGUCUGGAAAAGCUGAAGCAACUCGAUCGGGGCCAGGAGUAUGUGGAUAAUAUCCGAAAGAGUGAAAUCUUGAAGAUGGCUGCUACGAUGCAGAUCCGAGAUCCGGAGCCUUCCGAGAGGAGCGUGCCAGGACCUUCAGGAAUCGACAUGGAAGGAAUUGAUACGACUGUGUCUCUAGCGACCAACCUUCCAGACUUGAGCGACUUGGAUCCCGGGGAUACGGAUGUGUACAAUUUGUACGACUUUACGCACACUGUGGACAGUUCUCUACCGAUAUACAAGAACAGAGAAAUGAUUGUGCGUUCAGUGGAGGGGAACCAAGUGACGAUCCUGCAAGGCCCCACAGGCUGCGGCAAGUCGACGCAAGUGCCGCAGUACAUUCUGGACGACUGCUUCCAGAAGCAGAAGCCUUGCAACAUCAUCAUCACACAGCCACGUCGAAUAGCUGCCAUCACGGUGGCGCGCAGAGUCGCCCACGAGCGCAAAUGGCAGCUUCCGUCAGUUGUCGGAUUCCACGUGGGUUUAAACAACCAGACAACACAAGACACUCGCAUGACAUUUUGCACUACAGGAGUAUUGGUGCAGAAGAUAAUAAACAACAAGAACUUGUUGAACUACACUCACGUUAUACUUGAUGAGGUGCACGAGCGUGAUAUGGACAUGGAUUUUGCCAUACUUCUGGUGCGCAAACUGAUAUACAGCACCUCUCGCCAUGUGAAGGUGGUGCUCAUGUCGGCGACCUUCAACGUGGCCAAGUUCAAGCAGUACUUCGAGGGAUCGACGGCGGACAGCGAGUGCAUGCUGGUGCCGGUGCCCACCAUCGACGUGGACAUGAGCAGCAAGGCCGAGAGGUUCCGCAUCAAGGACUUCUACCUGUGCCAGCUGGGCAUCUUGGGGGAGCUUCCAACAGUGAAAGUGGAAGAGCCUUGCGUACAUAAGGAAACGUGUAUUAUUGCCAACAAUCUAAUCAAAGAGUUUGAUCGGUUGGAAAGUUUGUCGCAGCCAAAGGCCAAAACGCGAGGGGCAGUGCUGGUGUUUUUGCCCGGUAUUCAUGAAAUAGAAAAUAUGUACAACAUUUUGGAAGAAAAUGCCAAGGAGAGGAAGUGGGUGCUGCAGCCGCUCCAUUCUACUAUCACAGUCGAAGAGCAAGAACGUGUUUUCCGACCCGUUGAAAAGGGCUUUCGCAAAAUUAUUCUCUCUACCAAUAUUGCGGAGAGUUCAAUCACCGUGCCUGAUAUUGUUUAUGUAAUAGACUUCUGCCUGACCAAGCACAUGGUUUGCGACAUGAAGACGAACUUCUCGAGCCUGCAGCUGGCGUGGGCGUCCAAGGCCAACUGCACUCAGCGCGCGGGGCGAUCUGGCCGAGUGUGCGAGGGUCGUGUGUACAGGCUCGUGCCACAGAAGUUCUACGAGAGAGAACUCUUGCCAGAAUGUGUACCUGAAAUUCAAAGGGCUCCACUGGCCCAGGUUGUUUUGCAGUCCAAAGUUUUGGACAUGGGCUCACCCAAGGAAAUAUUGGCAUUGGCAUUGGAUCCACCAGACCUCACAAAUAUUGAACAGACUGUUCUCCUACUGAAAGAGACUGGAGCUUUGCUAUUGGAGCACGAUGGAGAGUUGGAUCCCGAAGAUGGUCAGAUCACAUUCAUUGGUCGUGUGAUGGCGCGACUACCACUCGACAUCAAGGUGUCUCGCAUGAUUAUUCUUGGAUUCCUGUACAGUGUGCUGGAUGAAUGCAUCAUAAUGGGGGCUGCUAUGUCACUGAAGAGCAUGUUCAGUUCACCGUUCCAGGAACGACUGAAGGCUUAUAACUCAAAGCUAACCUGGGCUGAUGGAUCGUGCAGUGACCUCAUAAGUUUCCUAAAUGCCUAUCAAGUGUGGCAGAACAACAUAAGGCAGGGGUACUUCGAGCGCUCGGUGGGAGGCGGGGAGGCGUCCUGGGCCAGGAGGUACUUCAUCCAGCUCAACACGAUGAAGGACGUGCACCACCUGGUGAACGAGCUGACCCAGCGGCUGGGCGCCGUGGGAAUCCGCACGUCCGUGGGGGAGCACCGCGUCAAGUGGACGCCGGCGGAGAAGCCGUUCGUCAUGAAGGUAGUAAUUUCCGGAGCGUUCUACCCCAACUACUUUGUGCGAGGAGCGUCCGGAGGACAGAUCAACGAGCAGGAUGCUGUAAAGCAGAUCGGUGGCUACGACCCGUUCACGACCGUGUACUGCAAUCGCUUCCCCACGAACCAGCCGGGCGAGCUCUAUGCCCAGGCGAUCAAGAACAAGCUGAGAGACUGCGCUUCAGAUAUGAGGGUUUACUUCGACGGUUCAAGCAAAGUGUACAUCCAGUUCCCCAAGUCGCACCUGAUUGAGCGUGACGAUCGCAAGCUAGAGGCGAACAUCCCGGGAAGAGUCUCUCUGGCCGUGUACCGUGCCGUCAAGAUGAGGAUGCUCAACUUGCCCAUCCAGAUACCCAUGCUGCCGCCCGAUGAAGCACGGCGGAGAGCGGAGGCUUUAGGCCUACGCAGGAACCAGUCGCUAUUCUCUACACCGAGCGCGUCGAGCAGCGAGAAUCAAGACCGCAGGUUCCAGCCCCUGAAGUCUGCGCUUCCUGGCAUCGCAGACUCCUUCAUUGGAAUUAAGAUCUCUCACUUUAUUGAUCCUGGUCAUUUCUGGGCACACAACCAAUCAAAUGAAGUGGAGGCAAUCCUGAGGAUCAUCAACAUGAACCAGAAGGAAUUGGUGCCGCUGAAGGAGAAGCCAAAACCAGGCCAGUUGCUGGCGGCGCCUUUCACAGACAGCGGAAUUACCUUCUAUUACAGGGCCAGGGUCAACGCCCUGCUGCGUUCCAGGGAUCAGAUGAGAGUCGAGGUGUUUUUUGUGGACUACGGAAACACGGAGAUUGUGAUGGAGUCCGAGCUGCUUGACUUUGGCCCGAGCCUGUUGCCGGAAGAUGAUUACAACAUCCUGGACCACAGAGCUCAGGCCUUCGAGUGUGUCCUGUGUGAGAUCCAACCAUCUCUUAAAUGCAGCGACAAGGGCCAUUGGACAGCAGAGGCAAUCGACGCCUUCAAGACUCAAGUAUUGGCUCGUACUGAUUGCGAAGUAUAUGGAAAGAUCUUCUCGGUCGUGGACGGUGUUGUGUCGUUGGAGUUGUCACUGUCCGAUCCCAGCAAGCCCAAUUGCAUGCUCAACGUUAAUGAGUGGCUCAUCAAGAAGAACUACGCGGACAGAGCAGAGGAAAGUUUCCUUUCAAAGAUAAACCACGAUGCGCGGAUGCAGUUGAUGGCGUCCAACAUGGAUGCUGGAGCCUCCAGCUACCCUCAGGAGCAGAACCCUAACUGGACCGCCCCGAGUCAAACUGACCUGGAGUCUCCCUCCAGCAGAGAGUGCAAGCAGUUGGUGCGGCUGGGCGGACCCAACAGCCCGCUGGAGAUGCACAUCCACGGGCAGACGUACGUGGCGCGGGAGAGAGACCAGACCAUCGAGGGGCUGUCCGUGAACUCCGUCCUGCUGGACACGGAUCCCCAGGACCCCCACGACAGACUUCUGGUGGCUGCUGUUGUGGAGGAGAAGUCUUCAGGCAGCUCCCUCAUUCUUCGUCACACCACGAUGAUGCCCAACAUCCACGGCUUCGGUGCCUUGAUGGCAAUACUGUUCGCACCAACCAUUGAAUUGAGGGUAAAUGAGGCUCGUACAAAGUUUACAGGAGCACUUUGUGGCCUGGGAUGUGAUAACAUUACAAAACAUCCGCUGUUCUUAGAGCAUGACAUGGAUGUGACAUUCGAUGUUGAGAUAGACAUUGAAGAUCUGCAGAAUGUAAACAGACUCAGAUACUGGAUGAACAUGGGACUCACGCCCCAGCAAGGGACAGACAUUCUGGUUGAGGAAAGUGCCUACAUGAACAGUGUCCAUCACAAGCUAAAGGAGUGGCUCAUGAAGCUGAUGAUGAAGCGUCGCAAGUCGCAGGAACUGUGCAUGGCCAGGAAGUCCUUCAUGUGGGGAGAGUUGAGUGAAGACUGGCUGAUGGACCCGUGCUCCGGGGAGGAGGACGAAUCCUCCAUAUUCAAGCUGCACUGGGGCGUCAACUUGCUGGAAGAGGACGAAACCCACUUCAGCGAGAUGAGAGCUCACGUCAGUGCACUGCGCCUCCUGGCCAAUGGCACGGGGCCCGUGAAGGACGCCACGUGCAAGCUGUGCCAGGUGACGGUGAGCUCCGCGCAGCUGCUGCGGCUGCACCUGGAGUCCGCGCAGCACCGCGACCACGAGGCGAUGCUGUCCAAGGCGCUGGCGCACGGCCAGCCAGGAUGAGCACGGCGCGGCUAUUCCAGACUGCUGGGCACGGUGCGGUGUGUUUUUUUUUUUGAAACAGUGUACAAAUGUACAAAACAAUUUUUUUUUUUUUUUUUUAGCUGUGUCGUUCCCAACUAGAUGUAAUUAAUAUACUAGACAGUCUGCAAACAUUAAAUACCAGAAUACCAGAACACGAGGAUACAGUUUUAUUUUUACCACUUCUUGUAUCAUACUUUAUUUCAGGACAUUAGAUUAUUAUCACUUUUGGCAAGAUUAGUUUUAAUCAAAAAAAACAAAAAAAAACUUGAAAAGCAUAAUAGUCCUAAAAUUUGUUCCUGCAAGAGGCAACAAAAUCUAUGCUUAGAUUUUUUUUUUUGUGUACUUGUUUCUGCUAAAUAUGUGAUGAUCUUAGUAUGUACUUUCAUGUUAUCAGUUUAAAAAUGUUACUUUUUUUGGGGCGACGGGACAUUGACUGUUUGGUUUCUGUCUUGAAACUGAGAAAAGUUCUUGCUCUGUCUCAUUAUUAUAUUUUAGUGAAAUUUAAUUAUUUUAAAGCCUGAGACUGCGGAUUUGAUCGAAUAGUGCUGCAUUGUUUUGUGUUUAACACAGAAAGUAUUGUGAACUUACAUUACGUUUGAUUUUUAAAGUAUGUAUAAUUUGUGUAUGAGAUUUUUUUGAGACAAAAUAGUUGUUACUUGACAGCAUAAGUGAUGUUACAUUAACGAAAUUACAUACACAAUUACAAUUAUUCUGUUCAGAAACAAAGAAAUACCAUGCAUUGCCAUUUGCAGGAAAGUUUGUGUUUUAAACUGUGCACCAGUAAAGUUUUGCAUAUUCGUUUUGUGAGAUUGGAGUCCAGCAGUGUAUUAUGGUAUCUGCAAGUAUCAGUAUUGCUAAUUUGUUUAGUGUUCAUGUUUUGUGAUAUUUUUGUAUUGAGAAAAACACAGAUUGUGUUUUUUUUGUUUUGUUUAAGAAUGUAUAAUAAACACACAAUACUGUAACCACUAACCAUACAUAGUUACCCAUUUCUAAACAAUAGCAAUAAAUUUUUUUACUGAAAAAAA